UCCGAUUUCUGAUCUCAGGGAAUCAGCUGAUUCAGACAAAUUUAAUCUCAGGUUUUUAAUAUCUUUUAUUUCAUUUGCGAAAGUGUUGAAAUAAAGGGCAACAAUUCUGCUCCCAAGAUCAACGUUCGCGUGGCGGGUGAUCCGCAGGAUGUCAAUCAACGGGCCGCAGUUGUCUGGCUUGGUGUCUGGGGUGGUGCCGCCCCUCACCUAUGCCGCCCACAAGGGCCAGGCAGGCCGGAUCGGCAUCAUGGGCGGCUCGCUUGAGUACACGGGCGCGCCGUACUUCGCAGCCAUGACGGCGCUCCGCAUCGGCGCCGACUUGACGCACAUCUUCUGCCACCGCGACGCCGCCGUGCCACUCAAGUCGUACUCGCCGGAGCUGAUCGUGCACCCGCUGCUGGACGCCAACGACCCCAUGACCGAGAUGGAGGAGUGGCUGCCGCGGCUGCACGCGCUCGUGCUCGGGCCUGGCCUCGGGCGGCGGCCGCAGACCUUCGCCACGCUCGGCCACGUCAUCGAGGCCGCCAAGGACCGCCAGCUGCUGCUCAUCAUCGACGCCGAUGCACUCUUCUACCUCAACGAGAACUACGACACGCUGCAGGGAUACGCCAACGCCAUCCUCACGCCCAACAAGGUCGAGUUCGCGCGCCUCUACAGAGCGAUCAUGAAGGGCGAGAUGAAGGCGGAGCAAGUGGCCCCCGAGCACGUCCAGCAGGUGGCCAAGAAGCUCGGCGUGACCAUCGCGUGCAAAGGCAACAUCGACGUCAUCGCAAGCGGCGACACACUGGUCACAUGCGACAUCCCCGGCUCCCCGAGACGCUGCGGCGGCCAGGGCGACGUGCUGAGCGGCGCUGCGGCCGUGCUGCACUACUGGGCCUUCGGGACGGCGGCGGCGACCUCGGAGAAACCCGUGUACCCCCCGGCAGUGGUGGCGGCAUGGGGGGCGUGCGCGCUGACCCGAAGAGCAGCCGCUCUUGCCUUCAGCCAGCGCGGACGCGGCACGCUCACCACAGACAUGUUGCUGUGCAUUAGCCAGGCCUUCUCGUCGUUGUUCUUGCAGUCGAAGGCCAAGUAGGGCGGGUCCGGCAUGUCACGUGCUCCCUGCGCCCUCCCUCCCCGCCGUGUGAAUGCUCCCGCCUUGUUAUCACCUGUUGACCAUUUAUGGUUGUUUGAUAUGUGUAUUGCCACCAUUCCCAUCUGUUACCGCCGAUAUUCUCCAUGAAAACACACGCGCGCGCGCGCAUACACACACACACACACACACACACACACACACACACACACACACACACACACACACACACACACACACACACACACACACACACACACACACACACACACACACCUUGUAGCCAUAUUUGAUUUUUUGCUCGUGAUGUAGCUGUCCAUUAGUAGACCCAGCCUCUCAGUCGUACCGUAGCUGAAAGUCUCCCUUCCAUUGACCUUGUUUGAAAUUCGUGUUAUCCAGCUGAACCCUUGACCCUCGUUUACGUUUUACGGAAGUUCUUGCGUAAGUCAUAUCUCACUCUCCGGUUAGUGAUUUUUUCGUAAACAGGCUGAUGGCAGUCUUUAGGUAUUAAGAUAGGGUAUGGUAGUAUUGUUUUAGUAUUGUUUUACUGUAAAAUCACCUGCUUACAUGCAUUAUGAAAUUGGCUAUUCUUUCAUUUAAUAUCAAAUUGUAUUAUAGGGCAUUGUGUUACAUUUCAUGGUUCUAAUAUUAAAUUGUAUUAUGGGGCAUUUUGUCUAAUUAUGCUUGGAUAUGCACAUCAGGUUAAAGUAGUAUUCAUUCCUCUUUGUGUUGGGCAUGUACGAUUACCUAGAAAUUAUGCAAAAGCAGCUGUGCAAAUUAGUUAGCUACGUUCCACAAAGUAACAUUUCUUCUAGUGAACACAUAUACUCAAAACAGUUAUCACUACACAAUGUAUGGUCAUGUCUUUCAGGGUGAGCAAAUAUACACAUACACACCGAGAAAGUUGCAUUUCCCAUAUAAACUAACCUGAUAAAAAAUUCUCUGUCUCUUGUGCAGAAAUUUUCUUGUAUUGUGUGGCUGCUAGAGUGACUGUUACUCUUCUCUCAUGAAUCACAGUUUUACAAAAAAAAAUGUAUAUUAAAAAUGAUAAUUAUCAAUUUUAUGUAAUACAGUUAUCCAAAUGCCUUUUAUUCUACAGUUGUUGUUUUCUUUUGCGUUUUGUGGGUGUACAUGACUAAGGAACAUAAUUUAGUUAGGGAUACACGAGUACCUUUCCUUUUUUCUCUCUCUCUUUAUCUAAAUAAAGGAGUUCCAGAGGUAUCAUAAUUCGAGAUCGUUUUCUGUUAUAAGUUAUAAUAUGGAAGACAAUUUUGGGACUGAUAUCACAUAAUAGUUAUUGUGAAGAGGAAGGCCUUGAUUUAUUUUUAUUCCCUAGGAUGUCUUUGUAAACUUUGGUUAAAUAUGGAUACUUUAUGUCUGGGCACAGAAAUGCUGUUGCAUUCAUGUUCAUCUGUGAAUAUAAAUAAAAUCCUUUGUAAUAA